AUGGCUACGGAUGUGGUGGCGGUGCAACACGCGGCGGUGAACGAUGGCUGCUGCAAAAAGGGGCCGGGAUAUGCUACUCCGCUUGAAGCCAUGGCUGGCCCAAGGGAAUCUCUUAUUUAUGUCACCUGUGUUUAUUCAGGAACUGGAACGGAGAAGCCAGAUUAUCUUGCUACAGUAGAUGUGGAUCCAAAUUCACCGACUUACUCUCAAGUCAUUCACAGGCUACCUAUGCCUCACAUUGGCGAUGAACUACAUCAUUCGGGAUGGAAUUCCUGCAGCUCUUGCCAUAGCGAUCCAUCAGCUUCCCGUCGAUUCCUUGUCCUUCCUUCACUUGUGUCUGGUCGCAUAUAUGCUAUUGAUACUCAAAAGGAUCUGAAGGCUCCGACUUUGCAUAAAGUUGUCGAUCCAAAAGAUAUAAUCGCAAAGACUGGAUUAGCAUACCCGCACACGGCUCAUUGCCUUGCUUCUGGUGAUAUCAUGGUAUCAUGCCUUGGAGAUAAAGAUGGAAAUGCUGAAGGAAAUGGAUUUCUUCUGCUGGACUCUGAUUUUAAUGUGAAAGGAAGGUGGGAGAAACCUGGACACAGUCCCCUUUUUGGCUAUGAUUUCUGGUAUCAACCUCGACACAAGACCAUGAUCAGCACUUCAUGGGGGGCACCUGCUGCUUUCACCAAAGGUUUCAACCUUCAGCAUGUUUCUGAUGGGCUUUAUGGGAGACAUUUGCACGUGUACAGCUGGCCCGAUGGUGAACUGAAACAGACUUUGGAUCUUGGAAAUACUGGGCUCUUACCAUUGGAGAUAAGAUUUCUGCACGAUCCAUCCAGGGAUACAGGAUUUGUGGGAUGUGCCUUAACAAGCAACAUGAUAAGGUUUUUCAAGAACCCUGAUGGGUCAUGGAGCCACGAGCUAUCAACAUCAGUGAAGCCACUCAAGGUGCAGAAUUGGAUUCUUCCCGAGAUGCCUGGUCUUAUAACAGAUUUUCUGAUAUCUCUUGAUGAUCAUUUUCUCUACUUGGCCAACUGGCUUCAUGGUGAUAUUAGACAAUAUAAUAUUAAAGAUCCUGCAAAUCCUCGGCUGACUGGCCAAGUAUGGGUUGGAGGAUUAGUCCGAAAAGGAAGCAAUGUGGUUGUUGAGGCAGAUGAUGGUUCAACAUACCAGGUUGAUGUCCCAGAUGUUCAGGGAAAUCAAUUGAGAGGAGGACCUCAGAUGAUACAACUGAGCUUAGAUGGGAAGCGACUCUAUGUUACGAAUUCUCUCUUCAGUACAUGGGACCGUCAAUUUUAUCCCGAGCUUGUGCAGAAAGGCAGUCAUAUCUUACAGAUCGAUGUUAACAAUGAGAAAGGUGGUCUUGCAAUAAACGACAAGUUUUUUGUCGAUUUUGGAGCUGAACCAGAUGGUCCAUCCUUGGCGCAUGAAAUGAGAUAUCCAGGUGGCGAUUGCACAUCUGACAUAUGGAUAUAA